GGCAGACACAGCCCGGCCCACGACCACCAUGCCAGACUUGAGCGUGUCGCGACAAGAAGUCCUGGCCAGGCAACUGAACAAGCCUAUACCGGUCAACGGCAUCCAGCCGCGAGUGCCCCUGGAUUUUCAGCAUGACAAGCAAAAGCUGACCGUAGCCAACAGUCUCUUCCAGUGCGUCAUCAAGGGAAACGUCAACAAGGUCCGCCAUCUACUAAGUCGCGGUGCCAGUCUGACCCUGAAGAAUGACUACGGUUUCAGUCCGCUGGUGGCGGCGCUUCAUGUGGAGGACGAGAACAAGCGGAAGCGGAUGUUCGCCCUGCUGCUGGAGAGAGGAGCUUCCUACAAGGCCCGGGACGAGAGGCACGGCCGGACAGUGCUGCACUGGGCAUGUCUGCUGGGACAGGCCGAACAGGUGACGACCCUCCUGGAAGAGACUGCCGGCGACAUGAACCUCCAAGACAAAGACUCGGAAGGUUACAGCGCGCUACACCAUGCCGUCCGAGUGGGCAGCCGUGCUAUCGUGGACACGCUGGUGGACUAUCACGUCCGUUUCGGCAUUUCGGUGGACCAAGUGGACAACCUGGGACUCACCCCAUACCUGCACGCUCGUCGGUUGGGCUAUCGUGACGUUGCGAGCGCAUUGAAGGACAAAGGCUUGGCCUCGGUGGGUCAUGGUGACAGUUUGUUCCGCUCGCCGCGAGAGUGGUCACAGAUCGGGAAGUUUGAGAGGAAAAGGGCAAUUGAGCUGCAGACAGUGGAGGAGAAUAACGUGGCCAAGAUCCUAGGUAAGCCACAGCUGGUCACCUCGCCCAGAUGGGCUGUCCCAGGCAUUGUCCUACCUAGUUAUCGGCCCUCUGUGGACGGGAGGAGAGCAAUGAGGGCGGGUCGGAAGGGGCCAGGCAUCCGUCAUAUUUCUGUGUCACUCCCGUCCCUAGCAGAGGCUUGUGAAGCUAACCAGAACGGUGAGGGACGCCCGCUGUCUGCCGGGAGGGUUGGUCCCGAUGCCGAGUCAGGGUCGGGGGAAGGCCCUGAUAAACCUGGGCCACCCACUCUGGCCUUUGCCGAAGAUCAAGCCACUAUAGGCCAAGGUCAGAACACCUCAGUUCAUGGUCUUAGCAUGACCAAUGGCUCUGGUUCCAAGUCCUCUUUGAAAUCCUCUGACCACGGGAGCAAUCAGACUCGACAGUUUUCUACACAUGACCCAUCCAAAAUAGCGGGAUCCCAAAGAACUUCAGGUCAACCCGGCUACUCACAUCACGGAGUCCCCAACUCAACACUCACUCUGGGCGGACCAUCCAACGCACACGCCCUCGCCUACAGUUUCUCUGGGAGAGGUCAAGGACUAAUGAAGGGUCACCCUAGUCCCGGGGACAAUCUGAUGAGACAAGGCGCAGGGGUCACGUUCGCCUCACCUGGGAGAACAGAGCCCAACAUGGCGGCACUGACACUUCUGGAGCAGUCGUCAUUCUCCAAAGGUAAAACAGCCCAGCACUUCCAUCACAGCCAGUUCGACACGUCCAAAGAGGCAGAGUACAAGCACAUGCUGGGAAACCUCAGCAGCAUCAUGGACGUCCUGUCUCAGCAGCAGACCAAGUCUUUCCGGAAAUCAGUGGAGGUGAAAAAGCCGGAGACACCGCCCAAAAUCAAGAAGAAAAACAAAGUGUCUUCUCUCGCUAUCAUAUUUGGGCGCGGCGGGAGAAAAAGUCCUAAACGAGGAAAGCACGGUAAAUCCCCACAGUCUUCUGCUUCCAAGCACGGCGGUAAAAACAAAGGAAGCACUGCUUGCAAGUCCAGCCAGUCUGCAAAGCGGAAAUCUGGUCAAGCGGCAGGAGAAAAGAGCAUGGGCAAAAUGAACAAACUCCCGGUACCAACCAUCAAAAUAAACUGACGAACAAACUAUCGGUACCUACCACCAUCAAAAUAAAUUGACAAACAAACUAUCGGUUCCUAACAUCAAGAUAAACUGACAUGCUCUUUGUUAGGAAACGACAAACUUCCAGACCUAUCGUUAUGUGAGAAUAACGUAUUUUGUGUUGGUCAACAGGAAACUUUUGAUAGCUACCAUAUCUAGCUACACUUUUAUAUAAUCUUAUCCUUGAUCGUGCACUCUGAUGUAUUUCCGGUUCUCUAUUAAUGCACCAUCUGACUCAGUUUGAUCCAAAUGAAAAGCUAAA